AGUCAUAUUAUGAUUAGACAUAUUUUAGAGAUAGGAACAUGAUCACCACGAUUAAUUGAGACGUGCAUGGACGUGCUUUGCACGCACUUCCCUUUCUCCUUCUCUUCUCUAUAAAUAGUGUUGCAGCCGCCUUUCUUCUCCCAAACUCCAUUCCCAUGGCGCCACAGAUUUCUGAUGCAACCAUUCCUAUCAUCAGAAAGCACGCCACCAUACUCACAACUGAGGAUCAUCUUCUUCAUCAUUCUGCUAUAACCAUGAUCAAAGAAAGCCUGCAAAAACAAGAGAAGCAGAUUGCAGUGGAUCCUUUGUCCCUGAAACAGCAACAAGUAGCUACUUCUCCACCACCAUUACAGCCUCCGAAGUCCAAGUUCUUGAGCAUCAGCCAACCGAAUUCUGCAGCCUCUUCGCCGCGCUUUGCCUCCGUUCUUUCCAAGAAGAAAUCCAAUGUUGAUAGCCCAGAAUCCCCCCCAUGCCCUGCAGAAUCUUGCUUACAGAAGAGCAAGUCGUGUGGUGAAGGAAGAGCAUGCCCACCCUCAGAUGAGUUUGAUCUUUGGUCCGUAAUUAAACACGAUACCACCAAUAUUCAUCACCAUGGAAGCUUCACGAAACCUGAAGCCAUGAAAGACAGUCCGCCGAGAAGUAGUAGUGCUAUUACUCGCAAGAACAUUGAUCCUCCUCCUCCUGCAGAUAAAGGAUUCAAAUGCAGUUGUCUGUACAUUCCAGGAUUUGGAAAGGCUAAGCUAGUGAGACCUAAAAAGGAAGAAUCACAUUCUUUGAGUAUUGAUGGUGUAAUAUCAAGAACAGUUUCUUUGGAGAAGUUUGAAUGUGGCUCCUGGGCUCCAUCACCCAGGGCCAUAAACCCAGUACUGGAUCAGGUGGAAGGAAACGACUCUCUUAGUUCCUAUUUCGAUCUGCCGUCGGAGUUGAUCAGAUGUGGCGCCGGCGGCGAGGAUGCGCAUUCGCCGGUUGCGGCAGCUUUCGUGUUCGAUAAUAAGGACAUCAAAGGAGUGCUCAAGAAUGGUACCGCGAGAGGAAACGGCGGCGGCAGAAAGUCAGAUGCGUCGCCUCGCCAUGUUCGAUUUUCGACUCCGUCUUCUCCGGUUUCUCCUGCAUCGUCGUGCGUUACUCCUCGAUUGCGAAAGGCAAGAGAAGAAUUUAACGCCUUUUUGGAAGCCCAAAGUACCGCAUCGUGA